AUAUGCCCCGGGCGUUCAUCUGUACAUUGUUGUAUUAUAAUGAGAAAUAUGACAAAAUAUCUAUGUAUUUACGAAGUAGUGUGGUGUUUUCGUAAAACAAAUCUCAUACUUAACAUAUGGAGCGUUUUAAUAAUAAACUUCCAUAUUAAAACCAAUACCUGAUUUCCGGAUUUUCGUUAUCUUCGUAUGUUAUCAGAGAAGUCUGUUAUCAGAAGGACAACCUAGGUAUGUCAGGUGUACGAGACAAACAAGUUUUUCGUAAAAGGACAGAAAAGAGAAUUUAAAAUUGGUCACACGUGUUACUUGCAACAAACCAGGAAAAAAAAUAUAUAUAAAUCGAAAAAAAGAUACCAAUAACAACUAUAUCUUUCUAUCACCAAUGUAAAUCGACAUUGAAUAUACGAAUUAAUCAGUUUCAUGUAUAUCUUGACCGAAGUGAAAAGAACCACUCAAUUUCAAACCGAUGAAACAAAAUCGAGAAAAAAUACUGCUUACGUUGAAUAGUGACCACACGUACAAGUUAAAUGGAAUGGGGGAUGCGAAUGAACGGCAUUGCGCAAAAGGAUCAGUAUUUAAAUCUUUGUUCUUGGUGUUAUUGUUUCUGAUUACGAUUCAGAUAGCGUUUAAUUUAUCCAUUCAGCAGGCAGCUUUCACGUUUAUGUCAAAAUGGGUACAAGUAUCGGAACAGUUGUACUCGAGUUCGUCUCGCCUAGCUCAGUUUCAACCAUCAACAUUAGACAUAACGAAGGGUACGCCAAGUGCUCCAUCAUUUCAUAUAGAACAGUCAACACAGUCAGUGAUAAAAUCAGAUAACAACGUGACUUAUGUGUGCAGUAAAAAUGUAACAAAUGUGACGGAUGAUGAUUGUUUGCCGUUGUGUCCAGUAAUUCCAGAUAAACUAGUUGGUGCUUUAGCAACAUAUUCCGACUCCCCAACUUACUCUGACUUAGAUAGACUGUAUCCCUGGGUUCAAGAUGGAGGAAGAGGAAAGCCGUCCGACUGUUACCCGCGCCAUCGUGUUGCCAUCAUCAUUCCAUACAGAAACAGGGAUAGUCAACUGCGGACAUUUUUAUAUAAUAUCCAUCCUAUACUUUAUCGACAGGAGUUAGAUUAUGGAAUUUAUGUCGUAGAACAGAAUGGAAGUUCUAAAUUUAACCGUGCCAUGCUGAUGAAUAUUGGGUAUGCAGAAGCAAUGAAGAUACACGAUUAUCAAUGUUUUGUCUUCCAUGAUGUGGACUUAAUUCCAGAAAACGAUAAAAAUAUUUACAACUGUCCAAAACAACCAAGACAUAUGUCAGUUGCAGUAGAUAAAUUCAAAUACCGAUUGCCUUACACUGCAAUAUUUGGAGGCGUAUCAUCUUUAACGAAGGAACAGUUCCAAAAAGUCAACGGGUUUCCAAACAGAUAUUUUGGCUGGGGAGGUGAAGAUGAUGAUAUGUGGAAUAGAAUUCACAACGCAGGAUAUAAAGUAAUCCGAUAUGCUAUGGACAUAGCUCGCUAUAAGAUGAUUAAACAUGGAACUGAAACAGGAAAUAAAGCUAAUCCUGGGAGGUUUAAAAUGCUGAAAGACAGUAAAAAGUAUUUCAAAACUGAUGGCAUUAAUAGCCUGAAGUAUAAAGUAUUAAAAAUAGACUUUAAUCAUCUCUAUACACGAGUCGUUGUUGACAUUGACGAAAAAGAAGUUUUGAAGGGAAUAAAAAAGUCAUGACACCAACUUAGGAGUGAAUAUUCUUGAAAACUAUUUAUGGGAAAAUAAGUAACCAAUACAUACCAAUGACGAAAAAAAUAUGGAGACAAUUCAUUGGAUUAUUCAUUGGAGAAUUCAUUUAUGUUUCAUAAGCGUACAUUGAUGUUCUAACCAUUCAUAACACUGCCUUGGAAUUGAAACUGUGUAUGUAGCAUGAAUUAGGAUGACGACAGAUGGAUUAUUUUCUAAUUCACCAAUUAAGGCAAAUUGAAAAUCUCAUGUACACAAACGUCCUUGUUAAUAUGAAGUAACGAUUGAGUGGUUAUAAUUUUUUUUUUUUUUUAUAGAUGCGUAGUUAAAAUGAUUAUAUAUAGUAUGUUUGUGUUAAAAUGAAUGUAAGCUUUGUUUAGCAGUUCGGGUACACAACAUUUUACGGUUAAACAUCAAUUAUCAUAUCAAUUUCCCCUAUUUUAACAAACCAAUCCAGCAAUGCAUGAUCGACUUAUACAUAUAUACGUUCACAUGAUACUCAGAUCACCAAGCUCUUAGACCCAAUCGUCCUAAGUUCAUCUAAAGAACAAGUUACACGAAUAAUGUUUUAGAUGAACUGGCAGGUUAUGCCAAAAGUCAACUAAACUGGUUUUUGUUUGCUGCCGAUAAUUCCACUUGGGUUAUGCUUGAUAUCCAACAACUGUUUUCUUAAGAGCAUUGUUUGAAAGGUAUAGAAAUGUGCGAUACGAAAGAACAUAACGUAGUAUGUGUUCCGUUCGAUUAAACACCAUUUAACUAGUUACCGGUGGUGGUCAAGAGCAAGGGUCUGGGGUUAGAACCCUCUAAACGCAUUUGAAUAGGUACAUAUGGUUGGUACCCCACUUUAUCCUGGAAUGGCAGAAUCCGCACCUAGUUACCAUAUUUCGCACAAUCUUACGUGACGGUAAACUCGUAGUAGCAAACAAUGCAUCGCAGUUCAUUGUUUUGAUUGGGAAAUGUCUUAGAAGCUGUUUACAUUUUGUAAUUUGGGAAUCUAAUUUAUGCAAAUGUAUUCUGACAAUUGAAUUAUAGUGGUCUGGAUCUGUUUAUUGAAUAUAUGUGCCUCCUUAUUCUCAUUACUUAUGUGAUCUCUUUACCAAAGAAUUUAAACGAAUUAUAUGUUAUUGCAGGAAAAUGAAUUAUCUUUGUUUUAUAUAGUAUUAUCACUUGAAAAUUACAGCUCGUCGCGCUUAGUGCAGCACAGCAUUUGCGCAAUCAGUAGUGUAUGUAAACUGUUGUCUCAUUGUCAUUGUCACUCAUCUUCUUAUAUCUAGGAACAAAAUGUUUUAUCAUUAUCGAUCAGUAUACAUAUAAUCAUAUCAGGGUUUUAAAUUUUUCAACUUUAUAAUUUUAUGUACGCCUGUUAUGAAGUGCCUUUUUAAAACAGAGGGUAUCGAUAGGGUCCUUUAUUUCUAUAUUGUUUCAUUGUAAUACAUUUUUCUUAAUCUUUAAAAUGACGCUUAUUCUAUAAAAUUCUCACGAAAAUGAUUUUACAAUUUACAUGAAUUUGUAUUCUGUACAUUGAUUAUUUUUUAAACCGUUUAAGUAUUACCUAAUCUUUUUAACUAGUUAAUCUCUAUACUUUAACCCUAUUCUUCAUAUUUUUUUUUUAUUUUUUUUCCUUUUUUCAUUAUCAUAGUUGUCUAUUCCUUAAACUCCAGACAGACUCUCAUUACAGGAAUUGAAGUUUAAAAAAUUCACAAAAUAAUGAUAAAAUGAAGACAUGUUAUAAAUUUCAUGCAUCCGAAGCACUUUAUCCAAUUUGAACAAGGGUUUAAAUGAUAAUUUUAUAAAAUAUAUAUUAUUUUGAAAGAGAUGGGCGGAAAAAAAGAAUAGAAAUAAUAGGAUACUAUAAUAAUAAUUAAAAAUGAAUAGAGGGAAAUGGGCAAACAUAAAGUAUAGAGGAAAAUGGGCACAAAUAAUAAAAUAAAUGAACACAAAUAAAAAGAGAAAUAAGUUUAAAAGUUAAACAAUACAGAAAUGAGGACCAUCUUCUAUUUAUAUAUAUUUAUGUUAAAAGUUAAUCUUUUAAUAAAGUAUGUUGCCCUUUUUUAGAUGCCUUUCAAUACAUUCCUACCUUGAACAUUUUUUUUUAAAUUUUAGAUAUAACAGGAUGUUAACCUUUGUUUAUUUUUGACGGGUUUUUUUUCAGACUCAUUUUAAGAUAUGCAUUUGUUUUAAUGAAUAUUAAAUGUUCUGUUUAAGAUAAGUCUAGUUUAUAACGUUGUUGGGGGUAAAAUUUGUUAAUAGAUCAUACAGAAAUCAUCGUUAUGUUUAUUUACAAGUUUUAUGAUAAUCCAUUGUGUUUUGUAUCAUUAUUAAAAUGUUGAUAAACUGA